ACGAAAGUCAGAGGACUGAGACACUUCUUCGCUACAACCCCCGCCAUGUUGAGAGAUGAAUGGCGUAGUUUGGAAAAGGAGAAGCGCUCGAGCUCGACGCAGGCAGAGGACGGCACGUCACGAUCUUACCUUCGUCACACUGACACAGCCUAGGAAACAGAAGUGAGAAGUUACAUCCAGUUGAAAGACAUUCAGGAAGGCACAACUUUUUAGACAGCUUUCACUUCGAGACAUAAUAAAAAAGUGGCCAGAAUGAGUGUGGAUUACAUUGAAUAUGACGAUUACACUGCUGAAAAUGGAACAGAGAACAACGUCAGCACCAAUGGACUAUUGAAUUUCGAUACAUCUCAUACUUCUUUGUCUAGUGUUUUGGUGGCAGUUAAUAUCAUCAUAUGUGUUAUUGGUCUCGGGGGAAAUUCUUUGGUGAUUUGGAUCUGUGGUUGUAAAAUGAAGACAACGGUCAUCACCACUUGGUACAUCAGUCUGGCCAUUUCAAACCUUUUGUUCUGUGCCAUUUUGCCUCUCGAAGUAUUCUACAUGAUAACAUUACACUGGCCUUUCGGCCAAGUCUUGUGCAAGCUCACCUCUUCCGCCCUGUUUCUCAACAUGUACAGCAGUGUGUUCCUCUUGGUUCUCAUCAGUGCUGACCGGUGUGUGACGGUUUUAUAUCCUGUGUGGUCGCAGAAUCACAGGACAACGCGGAAAGCAUCUGGAGCUGUCCUUCUCAUGUGGCUCCUUUCCGCACUUUUAACGUUGCCCUCAUUGAUCUUCCGGGAAACAACAGUCUACGGCUCAGUCACUCAGUGCAUCACUAAAUACGAUCCUUCCAGCCACAAGGCGGUGGCAUUGACUCGAUUCAUCUGUGGGUUCGUGAUCCCUUUCCUAAUGAUCGUAUCCUGCUGCACGGUACUUGCGAUGAAGCUGAGAAAUUUGACCAUCAAGUCAACAAAGGCUUACAAAAUCAUGGUGGCACUCAUCUUGUCGUUCUUUUGCUGCUGGGUCCCCUACCAUAUCUUUGUUCUGCUGGAGUUAGACUUGAAGACGCAGACUUUGAAGGAACUUGAAACUGGGCUGAAAGUGGGGGCCACCCUGGCUGCAGCAAACAGCUUAAUUUCGCCAGUUCUCUAUGUGUUCAUUGGCAACGACUUCAAACGGACCCUAAAGCGCUCUCUGACAUCAAGGAUUGAGGGAGCAAUUGCAGAAGACUUUCGUACAGUAGGUUUCAGUCAUUCAAAGUCCAAGCGAAUGGACAUUAUCUUAGAUUAGAUUGGAAUAUUUGCCACAGUGACCAGGAAUAUAGUGUACAUCGACAUUAUUGUAAAUCAUUGACAAAAUGUCAUCACGUGAUUAACUUUGGUGAUGAUUUGUUAUCAUGAUGAUAAAACUCUUUAAAAGUCUUUACACUCAGGCAUUAACAUUUUUAUUGUGUCUUUAUUGUGUCCAUCUUUUUGUCUUCAAAAUUCUCUGGAUGUAUUUGAAUGUAUUAUUUGCAGUGUAAUGUAUUAUAUUGAGCAAAAUGUAAAACAUAAUUCAAUUUAAGAAUACAUACUUGAAAAAUCCCUGUGCUGUUAAAAAUGAUACUGAAUUUAUACUGUUGUCACUUCCUUCUGUAAAAAUCUUCAGAUUAGUAAAGAUUACCUCUGCUUUCAAGCAAUCCCGUUGUAUAUUUGUGUUUGUCUGUGUUUAUUAAAUUUAAUUUAUUUUAUAAUAAAAAUUAUAGUCUGGU